CCCCACCACCUCCCCUCACCACCAACACCACCCCUCUCUCGGCAGAGCCCAGAGCCUCACCAUCUCCUGCCACGGAUAGGCAGCGGUCACGGAGACACGGAGCUAGACAAGAGGAAACCUACUGAGGAGGGGGAGACGUGCACAGAGCCAUUUUCUUGGAGGAGCCAGUGUGCCGUUGAUGGGAAGAGGAUGCAUUGUGGGCUGCUGGAGGAGCCUGAUAUGGAUUCCACAGAGAGCUGGAUUGAAAGAUGUCUCAACGAGAACGAGAGCAAGCGGUAUUCCAGUCACACGUCCCUGGGGAAUACGUCCAAUGACGAAAAUGAGGAGAAAGAAAACAACAGGGCAUCUAAACCACAUUCAACACCAGCUACCCUMCAAUGGCUGGAGGAGAACUAUGAGAUUGCAGAAGGGGUUUGUAUCCCCCGCAGUGCUCUCUACAUGCACUACCUGGACUUCUGUGAGAAGCACGACACACAGCCUGUCAACGCCGCCAGCUUUGGGAAGAUUAUUAGACAACAGUUUCCACAACUAACCACAAGAAGACUGGGGACUAGGGGACAGUCAAAGUACCACUACUAUGGCAUCGCUGUGAAGGAGAGUUCCCAGUACUACGAUGUGAUGUACUCCAAGAAGGGGGCGGCGUGGGUGAACGAGACGGGCAAGAAGGAGGUCACCAAGCAAACAGUGGCGUAUUCACCACGCUCCAAACUGGGGACGCUCCUGCCAGAAUUUCCAAAUGUCAAAGACCUAAAUCUGCCCGCCAGUCUGUCAGAAGAGAAGGUGUCAACGUUCAUCAUGAUGUACAGAACUCACUGCCAGAGGAUACUGGAUACAGUAAUACGCGCAAACUUUGACGAGGUCCAGAGCUUCCUGCUGCACUUUUGGCAGGGCAUGCCCCCGCACAUGCUCCCUGUCCUGGGCUCCUCCACUGUGGUCAACAUGUUGGGCGUCUGUGACUCCAUUCUUUACAAGGCAAUCUCUUGGGUUCUCAUGCCCACAGUCCUUCAAGCACUGCCUGAUAGUUUGACCCAGGUGAUCCGGAAGUUUGCCAAACAGCUGGAUGAGUGGCUUAAAGUAGCACUUCACGACCUGCCUGAAAACCUGAGGAAUAUCAAGUUCGAAUUAUCUAGAAGAUUUUCUCAGGUUCUCAAGCGGCAGACAUCUUUGAACCAUCUAUGUCAGGCGUCGCGGACGGUGAUCCACAGUGCAGACAUCACCUUUCAGAUGAUGGAGGACUGGAGGAACGUGGACCUGAACAGCAUCACCAAGCAGACACUUUACACCAUGGAGGACACACGGGAGGAGCAACGGCGGCUCAUUAUCCACUUGUACCAGGAGUUUGACCGUCUGUUGGAGGAGCAGUCUCCUAUAGAGGCCUACAUAGAGUGGCUGGACUCCAUGGUGGACCGCUGUGUUGUCAAGGUGGCAGGGAAGAGGCCUGGGUGCCUGAAGAAGGUGGCCCAGCAGUUCCUGCUCAUGUGGUCGUGCUUCGGGACACGAGUCAUCCGGGAUAUGACCCUCCACAGUGCGCCUAGCUUCGGCUCGUUCCACCUGAUCCACCUGAUGUUUGAUGACUAUGUGUUGUACCUGCUGGAGUCCCUGCACUGCCAGGAGAGGGCCAAUGAGCUCAUGAUGUCCAUGAAGGCAGAGGGCAACACAGCUGAGCAAGCGGAAGAGAUGAUGCUGACGGAGACCACGCCCACAUCCACGUCCCCAGGGCCCUUCUCCCCGGCCAAGUCUGUCACCUCAGUGGGGGUCCCAGCCGCCAGCUCCCCCGCUGCUGCCCAGUCCCCAGAGUACACAGGGGCCACAGCCACCACAGGAGCUGUUCAGUCAUAUACCUGGUCCCUUACGUACACAGUGACAACGUCAGGCGGCACCCCUUCUGAGGGCGGACAGCAGCAGCCUUGCAUGCGCAGUGGUGCCCCAGUGCCCCCUCCCUCCUCCGCCCAUCGACUGCCAGUCUACGCACACAGGGAUGAGCACGGGUUCACUGGGAGCUAUAACUACGGAAGCUACUCCAACCAGCACCCCCACUCCAUCCAGAGCCAGUACCCCAGUCUGGCCCAUGAACCGGGCAUUCCUGCCCCCCUCCAUUAUCCCGCCUACCACCGCACUUCUACACAGUACCCACUCAACAGCCAGAUGUCACGGAUGGAGCCCUGCUUGAUGGGAGGUACUCCUCGGCUGCACCCUACGCCUGUGACCCCCCGGUGGGCUGAUGUCUCACCGGCCAACAGCUGUUACACCAGUCCCCCUAUACACUCCUCCCGCUACGCCGCCUCUGGAGACAUGUACUCCCCCCUGGCCCCUCGCAGGAACUCUGAGUAUGAACACUCUCAACACUUUCCCGGUUUCGCCUACAUCAACGGAGAGGCCACUACAGGCUGGGCCAAGUAGGCUUUCAAUUCAGCCCUCAGAGAGAGGAGCUACCCUGGGCACAGUCAUGCCCAUGCAGCCUGCCUGCCAAGCCUAUGGAUGCAAACGUCCCACUGCCUUUCUCCAACACGACCCAGAGGCACCUAAUCAGGAGUAUAAGUGUAAUGGUAGGGGAGAGAGGCUGCAGAGUAGCAACACUGGGUUACCUGAGCCACAGGCCACAGCACAGAGAACCAAGCUAAGAUUCAGGACUUCUUCUCACAUUACACAAUCAGAAUAUUGUGGCGUAGGCCUAGUCUGUUCAGGGCAGCAAUCAUCUCAAUGGUGGAGCUGUUUGCAGAAAAUGGCAGUGCAAACGGAGGCAGUCGGAAUAAUCUCACAUAUGGAAGUGUGCAGUGUGGACUACACAGCUGUGCCUUUGCAAUCGAUGAACCCCCAUCCCUGCAGUCGACCUACAGAUGUAGGAUCUUAGUUUUAUCACCCUGUUGUUGCAGGAGAUAUCCUGCACAGUAGUAAAUGCAAAUGUGUAGUGUAUUAAAAGGUUUUAAAAGGCUUCUAGAAUUUGUAAUUUCCACUUCAAAAUGAUUUGCCUUAACAAAAAAAUGU